GGAAGCGAUGUGACGAAAAAAACAUUACAAAAGCGCUCCACUCCCUGAUAACUGAGACCCCACGCGCAAAUUUACAGACAUACAGGUUUAACCACUUGCUCACCAGUCAUGCUGAAAGCUGUGGGACAAGUUCUUUUCUCGAGUGGACUGCAGAAUCCAAAAUUCACUGCGGAGGAGAAGAAGGGAGAUGACUAUGAGAUCCGUACCUACCAUGCCACUAAGUGGGUGAGCACCUCUCUGAGCGGGAUGCAGAUAGAUACGGCCAUGAAUACUGGCUUCCACAGGCUCUUCAAAUACAUCCAAGGCAACAAUCAGAACAAGGUGAAAGUGGAGAUGACAGCCCCUGUGACCUGCCGUGUCGUCCCUGGAGCCGGUCCUGCAUGUGAAUCCCAGUUCACUGUGUCCUUCUACAUCCCAGAGGAGCAUCAUGCCAGUCCACCGGAGCCGAGCGAUCCAGAGGUGUUCCUGGAGCACAGGAAAGAGUUCACAGCUUAUGUCAGGACAUAUGGGGGUUUCUCCAAUGAGAACAUGAAGCGUGAACAGCUCCAGAAACUUCUGGAGAGCCUGCAGAGGGACGGCGUCCCAUACGUUGACAAGCCGUUCUACUUGGCCGGGUACGACAGCCCCUUCAAACUGACCAACCGCAGGAAUGAGGUCUGGGUCCUCAAGAAGGAGGAGGAGCAGUAAGGAGUUGUAAAGGUCACGCAGCACCCGACCCACUACACCUAGUGAUAAAGAUUUUCACAUACGAUCAUUUCACUUGAUAAAUUUCACAUAGUUCUGACAGCUCUUAUCAAUUACAAUAAAGUACGAUUAAUUAAGCUUUAAAGGUCAAAUUAAUGAGCACUGUUAAAAUAUCUUUUUCUGACUGUCAGUUUUGCUUUGAAUACUUAAAAGUUACUGAAUUAGACGCAAUGUAAGUUUGGAUUUAGUGACCAAGCACAUGCUAAAGUGAGCUCCAACGUCAUUUAACAUCAGUAAACCCAGAGGGAAAAGUGGGUGCAGUGGUGCAAGGUUUCCAGCAGAGGGAGCCAACUAGCCAGACAACAUUUCCCUCUUUUGGUGCAUUUUGUUAGGACAAACAGCACAAGUGCCUCUUCAUUUUUAUGACUGAUUUAUCGAAAUACACUAAUUUUCAGCUUUUGAUUUAUCCACAUUGCUAAUUUCUGUUUAUUUAGUGACUCUUAAAGGUUGAAACUAACCUUAAAAUUUCAAUCUUAUCUUGUAACUCUACAUAUUUGUUUACACCUAAACCUUAAUGUAACAAGGAUAAGUUCACAUUUUUUAAAAAUUCUUUGAAUCUCUUCAUGUGAACUAUGAGCAGAGGGAUUCACUUCUGUGACUUUUAAUGCGCAUAUGUGCCACGUGAGCAACGUUUUGAACAUAGACUUGAAAAAACUGUGAACCGCACUCAUGUUGGGAAGGUGACUCUGCCUGCCGGCCUGAAGAAAUGUUGGUAAAUCUCAGUUUACCUGAUCGCGCACCUCAGCUGGUGUCGCCUCAUCAUCUAUCACUGUCAAUUGCAGCAAAUAUUCCCCUGAUGAAUUAACGAGCGUGAAGUUUAAGCUCUGAUCUACCAAUAUUUUUGAUGAUGCCUUGUGGGUUUAAGAUAUUUCCAGCUGCAAGUUAACAUAAACAUUAUGCCUUUUUAAACAUGAGUUUUUAUACAUGAAAGCAUAUUAAUCUUAAUACUUUUAGCUCCUGAAGUACUAGAAAUUAUGUUUUGUAAUCUUGAAGAAGGGAUACUACGUGGCUCUUGAUAAGGGAAAAAUGACAUAAAUUCUGCACUGAUAAAUGAACGAUGGGAAAUAUUACUUACUUACUAAAUGAUGUUAAAGAAUGUUAAAUUUAGUAUCUCAUCAAUAAUAAAUAUAACUCAUCAUCAAAUGAUUG